AUGUCUGGUACCAAAGACUCAUUAGCGCAUCGGCGCAAACGCGUGCGGUUCGAGGCAGACGCCAGCUCAGAUCCCUCAAUCUCGGAAGAGUCUGCACUUGCGUCCACCAGUGUCGCCGAUGAUUCCACAGUAACCAGCGAUUUCGGCUCUGACAGCGACAGUGAACUCUCGGAAUCGAGUGAGGAGCCGAGCUCGGACAGCUCGAGUGAGGACGAAGAUGACGAGGAUGCUGCGUCAGAUGCAGAGCUGCACGAGCAUAAAGGAAACAAUGGCGUCGUCAACCUACGCGCUGGCCAAGGGAAGAAGCCUACGAUGAAGCUGAACAAGGAAGAGCUGGGUCCAGACAUACGCGACUUUCUAAAGGACUUUCUGCCACAGCUCAAGGCUGCUAACGACGAGUUGGAGGCGCAGAGGAAGGCCGGCACGUUGAAGAGUAGGGAGAUCGAUAUGACAGACGCCGAAGAAGCCGACCAGUACAUUGAGAUGGACCUCGGACUAGGCGUACUCGAAGAAAAAGGCCCGAAUGCCGACGACGACUCUGCGAGCGACAGCGACGAAGAAAUGGGAGACGACGUCACGGAGAAGGAUGUGCUUGGAAAGCUCAUGGGCCGCCCGGGUACUAAGGAGGGCGUUGUGAUACAAGAGGUGCAGGAUGCGCAAAAGUCAUGA